CCCGGGGCCGCCGAGUGUUCACGCAAAGCCACACAACGCGAUUUCAUUUUAAUCGAUAGAUUUAAUCGAUCUUAAUUUGUAAAGUACCGUAAAUGCUUCUCUUUACAAGCAAUUUUUUGUUAUAAUCUUCGGUAAGUCGACGUCCACCUCGACUCCUCUAACGGCUCGCAGACGGAGAUAAAGGCGGCCGGGUGCGGUGCUGGCCAUCCGUCCUCUCGUAUGUCACAGUGCCAGCCUUCAUAGGCUAUACGGGGGAUCUUUGCCUUUGUUCGCAUGCUCAAGCCUCCGCAAGUCCUCACAGCUACUCCACCUCCGCAGGCUUGCUACAGAUGGGCCGUCCAUGUCGCGCCCUCGCGAGCGUCGCGAGAGAUCUGGAAUAGAGCGGCGAAAACCUCCGGGUGGAACGAAUCGCCGCGAGGCACAAUGACCAACGGAUAAGGCAAAUAAAAACGCCGGCGGUGGCCGACGGCUACGGCCCUCGGACGGCACGGCGCCGCGGACAUGGCCGGCGCCGGCUGGACCUCUCAGCGGUUCCUCAAGAGCCAGCGCGAGCGGCUGCCUCGCGCGAUGGCGCCCUGCGUCUCCAGCGUCCUCGACUCGAUGGUGGCGUGGGGCUUCAUCAACCAUGAGGAGCACGAGGACGUGGAUUACCGGCGGCCCACCGAGGCUGCCCGCCGUCUGCUCACGAUCGCUGAGGGCAAGGGCGAGGAGGUGGAGCAGGCGCUGCUGCUGGCGCUGUGGGCGCGCGGCUGCGUCGACCCGCCCGCCGAGAUGCGUGCGCCGCUGGUGGCGCUGCGGGACGAGCUGGACGCCCGGUGCGCUUCUUGCGUGGGAGAAGAUCCGGAGGCGAGGCUCAGGAGGAUCCGUCUGGCGCUGGUGGAGAGCUUCGACGACGUGGCGAAGGUGGUGGAGGAGCUGGUGCAGCAGGGGGCGCUCGGCGCGGAGGACCGGGAGAAGAUCUUGCUGCCCUCCUACACGAGGCCCGAGCAGGUCCGAACCCUGCUCAAUUUACUUGACGCCAAGGGCCCGCAAAGCGCGACGGCCUUCCUGGACUUGGUCGACGUGAAGAAGAUCACCGAGCAGGGACCGCUGAAGCCCCCAGUCCACGCGUUCCAGCGCAAGCUGCAGGACCACCACGAGUCGAGCUCGCGCCACCUGCUAGCCUACAGCCGUCGCGAGCACGCCCUCCUGGACGACGUCUACGUGGAGGUGCGGCUGCAGGCGCUGGCGCAGCCGGGCCGCCCGUCCGAGUGCGUCACCCUCGACUCGCUGGCUCGAGGCGAGUGGCUGAGCGACCGGGAGCGGAAGGACGUGCUGCUGGUGACGGGAGACGCCGGCAGCGGCAAGACCACGCUGCUGCAGAGGCUGACGGGCGAGUGGUCCCGCGGCAGGCUCCUGAGCUGCUUCGAGCUGGUGUUCGCCUUCGGCUGCGGACAGCUGAACGUCGUAAAAAAGGAGCUCUCGCUCCGGGAGCUGCUCUUCAACCACUGCUGCAGCCCCGGCGACGACGACGACGGCGGCGGCGGCGGCGGCGGAGGCCUCGACGUGGUCGUGCGCUACGUCGCCGGCCACCCCGAGAAGGUCCUCUUCUGCUUCGACGCCAUCGACGAGUUCCGCGAAGACUUCCUGGGCGAGGGCCGCGUCUGCUCGUCGACGGAGGAGCCCGUCCCGAUGGCCGACCUCCUCAAGAACCUCCUGCAGGGCAACGUGUUGAGGGGCUCCAAGAAGAUCGUGACGGCCCGGACGGGCGCGUCCCUGCAGCCGCUGGACGUGCACGUGUGCAGGAGGGUGGAUCGCGGCUUCUCCGACGACGCCGUCCUGCGGUACCAGCAGAAGUUCCACAGUGACGAGGGCGCCAGGAGGAACGCGUGCGAGCUCAUCCGGACCAACGCGGACAUCCGGAGCCUCUGCCAGGUGCCGCUCUACUGCUGGAUCGUCUCCAAGUGCUACGACAGGAUCGGCGGCCGCGGCGGCGGCGCCGGCGGCGGCGUGUCGACCGUCACCGAGAUCUACCUGUCGAUGCUCGAGGUGUUCCUGACCCGCGGCGAGUCGAAGGCGACGCCGACCAGCCGGACGACGCUUUUCAGCGCCAACGGGGACGCGCUGCUGCGGAUCGGGAAGCUAGCGCACGUCGGCCUGCUCGCCGCGCGGACGUCAUUCACCGCGCCCGACCUCGACGCCUGCGGCGUGACGCCGCGGGACCUGGCCCUCGGCGCGACGGUGCACACCCGGCGGUACGCGGGCUUCGGCGAGGGCGACGUGUACGGCUUCGUGCACUUCACGGUGCAGGCGCUCUUCGCGGCGCUGUACGCGGUGGCGAGCGCCGAGCUGGGACCCGAAGCGCUGCUCGCCCACUUCCCGAACGCCGUGCGGCCCAAGGCGGUCAGGCGGGUGGUCGGCGCGCUCGGCUCGUGCGUCGCCGCGGCGGCGGCGGAGGAGGAGGCACCGCCAGGGUCUCGACGGCCCCUCGCGGGCAGCGGCGGGGCCAACCGCCGCGCCGUGUGCCAGUUUGCGAGCGGCCUGCUUUCCAAGAGGCACGGCGAGCUGCUGGCGCGCCUGUCGGACGAGGCCUCGGUGCGGCGCAAGCGGGCCGCCGUGAGGAAGCAGCUGAGGCGCAGCGUCAAGGACCACGUCCGCGGGCUGAACGACCGCGACGGGCACCUGACGCCGGAUUUCGUGUGGGUGCUACGCUGGCUGUUCGAGUUCCAGGAGGAGAAGGUGGCGCGCAAGGCGGCGCGCGACUUUGCCGGCGGGCACGUGAAGCUGAACUACACGUCGCUGGGCCCGGCGGACUGCACCUGCCUGUCCUACUUGCUGCGCCACCUGCCUCGGCCCGUCGUCGCGGAACUCGACAACAACUUCAUCGGAGACCUCGGCCUGCAGCAGCUGCUGCCCUGCAUCGGAAAAUUCUCCGAUCUCAGACUCAGCAUCAACAGGAUAACGGACAGAGGCGUCGACAUCCUGAUUCCUGAACUGAUAAAGCACAACAUCGUCACCUUCCUGGGGCUCUUUAAAAACCAACUCACGGACGAGUCGACCCCGUUGCUUGCCGAGCUCGUCACCAAGAGCAGCCACCUCAAGUCGCUCGCGCUGGGAGAAAACCGCAUCACCGGUGACGGCAUGGUCCCCCUCGCCAACGCCAUCAAGCACAGCAAGUCGCUCAAAGUGAUCCUCCUUUGGGGAAAUGCAGUUGGGGACAGAGGAGCCGAGUGCCUGGCGGACGCACUGGAGGUGAACGCCACACUCGAAUUCAUCAGCUUGGUGAGCAACAAAGUGGGUCACGCCGGGGUCGCGCGUUUGGCCGAUGUCUUGCACAGGAACAGCACUUUAAAGACCCUAUGGUUAGGUGAGAACGAUCUAGCCGAUGAAGAAGCUUUCCUGUUGGCCGAUUGUCUCAAGUCCAACAAAGGUCUCAAAGAACUCUGGCUGAACAAGAACAAGAUCACGAUGUCGGGGGCACGCGCUCUGCUGGACGCGUUGCAGGACAACGCGACCGUCGAGAAAGUGGUAUUGCGUCAAAAUGCCCUCUCGGAAGAGGAGUACAAAGAAGUGCUCGCGAAGGAGCAUCGGAUGGACUGAACCUCCUCGUCUUAUCUCGAAGGAAUUUUACACGGCGCAUUAACCAAGGCGCCUUACACACAGAAUUAACGACGGUACAACAACGUGUGUGAAUGUAACGGUGGAGAUGAAGCGAAUGAAAUGGAUGAGAGGAAGCAAUGUGAUGAUGAUGAUCAUGCGCGACUUCGGUGAAGGCGAAAUUGAUGGCAGUAAAUGACAUUGAAUGGAUUGAACGGGUUUAAUGAGUGAUAGCCGCGUAAUGAGAAUACGAAGAGGGAACGGUGACGGUGGUGUUGUAUGAGGGGGAGAUUAAGGGGGGGUCGUGGGUCGAGCUAGGGAACAAUGCGUGUGAGUUGUGAGCGAGGAGCGGAAGCUUAGUGAACGAAGCUUGUUCCGGUGAAGGGGGGCUGGGGGAGAGAAGAGAGAGCGGGCGACAGCGUGGCUUGAGCACGAGGAGGAGGAGGAGAGAGACGGCAAAGAUUGAGAACGUAACUUACGGAGGAAACAAAAAACCCGAUAUUAGGAAGCCUCUGAACUAUGCACUUUUAAAUCGACGAGAUUGAAAACUCACUUCCUUAGGACUGCUUUUUCGCGUUUAGCUUGUUGUCCUUCCCCGCGCACCUCCGAUUAGCGCGGUUGGCUACGUACGGCGCGAAAGAAGUUCAGCACGCGUACGUACGUACGCACGGAUCAUGCGAAACUGCGUGCAACUUAUGCAAUAAAAAUGUUAUUGUUGUUUCCCGACACCAGGGGUCGGCAGCCAAAAUACGAAGAAGAAGGGCCAUCUUUGUUCGAAUUCGCUAAAAUAAAACUCAAGCGCCGCAAUGCACCGUGACGAAUACGAGACAGUCCUUAAUGAACGUCGUCACGGGAAGCGGUCCUUAAAGAGCAGCCGCGUGCGGCUCCGGUACCGCCGGUUGCCCGACCCCCUGGUCUAGACAGUGUAGGGUUAGGGUGGCAAUCAGACUUUUUGAAGGCUGUUCUUUUCAAGGUUGACGGCCGCCUUGAUUUUCAUUCGUUCGCCUGUUAAAAAUUAAGCGCAAAGGUGUCUCCCAGGGCGCGGGGUGGGGGGGGCG